GUCUCUCCAGAUCUCUUUUACAACCCCAGCACCCUUGAACUCUGCUGGGAAGAAAGGCUUGAUCCGUAGGCCCAAAAGCUACCGAGCAGUUAAUGUGAAGGAUUUCGAAGGGGGCCUUGAACAAGACUUGUUGCAGAUCAAAGAUGCAGCAGAAAACAACCCCGAAGACCAGAAAACUACAACGCCCCAAUCAAACAACACCGAGGCUCUUUCGACGGAGACAGAACUCUUCCUCCCACCUCAUUCCAGGGAGGAGGAUGAGACGGAGCCGUCUAAUGUCCUACCGGAACCGGAUUUGGCAAGGCAAUCUUUAGGUCGUAGGAGCGUGCCAUCCCUUCACCAAACACGGUUAGCCAGACAGGAGGAAAUAUCUGGCAUGGAAGUUGAAAAAGUGGCUGAAAGCAGCCCCCCCCAGAUUUUGAUGCCAGGAACCGAAAGUACCAUUGAAGCAGAAACUGAAUCCAUGGAAAAGGAGGAGAGUUACCAAGAAAAGUGCCAAGAAAGCUCACAGGACGGAGGAAAAGAAUCGAGGCCCAGUCUGGGAAAGGAGAUGUUAAGUCCAGGUCCCGAAGAUGCCAAAGGCAGCAUAGAAAGCAUUUCCCAGAAAAGAAUAGUCACGCCUCAAAGGCAACAGCGAACGCAUUUUCAUGGAAGCAGUCCUGAUGAGGAACUCUUCACUCUCAUAGAGUCUUUGAAGACUG